AUGAAGGGACGUCUUUCAAGAAGGGGGCACCACCCUCCACCGCCACGAGAGAAUAGCAGAAAGCGAGAAGACGAUGUGGGAAAACGGUCGGGUCUUAUGGCUUACCUCACACCUUGGACUAGCAUCGUCCGCACAGACAACGCGGUACACCUUAGUCUAGCGACGACGGCGAAUCUCGGUGGGUGGAAGGGGAACCGAAGGGGAGGGAGGUGUGGUAGCGAAGAUGGAACGGUCAAAUUCUGGUUUGGGUCGGCCCAGUCCAGUCUCGUCUGGUCUGGUCUUACUUUGCCUUCCCGAGUCUCUCGUUUUCCCGACAGCCCGCCAGGAGUACCGGUAAUAGAGAGAGAGAACCCCUACUCCAAGGCCAGGAAUAGGAAGAGGAAAGGAACCGGACCUAACACCGAGCUAAUGGUUCGGGGCCCAUACGUGCGUAUGGGCGAACCAGUCCGUCGGAGGGAUCCUCUCGACCCUCCCAUGCUAGUGAACCCAAUUUCCCAUGCGACAACGAGGUCUUUCCUUGUUCUCGUCAUCAGACCCUCGAGACCUAAGCGGGGUAGGCAAUAUCUCCAGCGGGGCGGUCCCCGCGAGAGGGAUCGGCUCUUGCGUGGUGUGUGGUUUUUGGAUUCCAUUCCCCUCAACCCUCUGGGUCCGGUACUUGAGAGUUGGGACGUGUGGAGUUACCAGUGUUUAUGGAAACUCACUGGGAUUCGCGUCAAGGUAUCUUCUGCUAAGACUCGCAAUCGACAAGAUGACUUGUCCCAUCCGGCCAACUUUGCGAAUCAGGGCACAAAGACAGCCGCCAUGCAGCGCCGCGGCGUAGCCCCAAAUGCUGCAAGACAAAGCGUAACGGCGCCCCCGGUGGUUCCGGCGAUUUCGUCCGGGCUAGUCUCGCGUGAGUCUGGCGCCUGCCUGGGUGCGCCUGGCAUCCUCUGGCCCAAGCUGCGUUGCCACACCCGCGUCGCCGACUCGAAACUCAAUCUGCUGUCAUGUCUGUCAUUUUGGAUUACGGUGUGUGAUGAUCAAACCGUUCUGACCGCCACUUCGAUUCCGAAACUUGAUCCUGUCAAUCGGACCCGGACGACUGGGUCAUUAAACAUCCUUCUCGGUCAGGGAGACCUCCACCUGUCCUCAAACUUCAUUGCCGUUAUCCACAGCUUCAAGAAGUUUCGCUGGAUUCUCCUCCACCGCUGGUUGAGCGCUCCCCUUUUCGUCGCCAAUGAUUCUUCUACGAUCGCCAUGAUCCUUGCCUGGGAGCAUAUGCGGCACAUCCGCAAUUCCCGUCCUGCUUGCGGAUACCAAGAUGUUAGGAUCCAGUUUGCGGAAGUCGUUUGCCAGGAUCCAUGGCAUGCUUUGGUCUUACACGUAUUUGUAGAUAGUAGCGAGGCACUAGGCGCCGACAUCCACCUACCAGCGACUCGCGUUGAUUACGGCACUGGGAAGACAACCCCUGCUGAUAACCAAAGAUACGACAUUCUACGACUCAUUGAUUGCAUAGAUCUCAACGGCACGUUGAGCAAAGCGAAGCCGCGAGCUAUGCGACAGAUUUUCGCAAGAGUUUCCAAUCUCCUUGUUGAAGACUAA